AUGAUGGUUCUAGGCACCGUGAAAUGCAUCCUUGCGAUUUCACUUGCCAUGAUGGCAAGUCCUUGCAGCUCCUUUUCGCCUCAAGUCAUCAAUACUAUACCACCAAAAAGCGCCACUCAACUGCAAGUUCUGGAAGAUGCCUCAUCGUUGAUGGUAGCCACAGAAUCCUGGCGCCAAUACGUGUUUCCCAUUGUCACAGCAGGAGUAUUGAUCGAUAUAGUUCUAGGAUCGCCUGUUGCUAAUAACCUCCUAUCAGCAAUGCGACCAGAUGCUGAAGCUACUAGUGAAGAAGGCGAUGAGCAACGGCAACAUCAGUUUGGGGUCGGCUCGGGAAGCGGUAGAAUGGACAAAACCAAACUGAAAGAACGGGUGGACAGCGAGAAAUUUGCCAAAGAUGCCAUUGCUCGGGCUCAAAACACACUCGAGCUUCGCAGGUAUUUGGAUGAUCGAAAGACAGACUUUGAUCGCUUGGAGGAUAUGAAAAAGGAGCUAGAUGCUAAUAUGCAAGACUUUGAUAGUGGCGCUGAAAAAAUGUCCAAGACACUGUCCAGGGAAUUGGAAAAGCGUGGAAAGAGCGUUGACUGA